AUGUCACGGGCCGUCGCCAGCAAGGAUAUCGACGCGAAGGAGGUCGCGACCUCUUCGGAGAUCCAGCGCCUGCUGGAACAGGAUACCACGCCAUGGUAUCGGAAGAAGAAUCUCCGGAUGUUGUAUGCGUUCCUUGUGCCGUCUGCCAUGGGCGUUGAGAUGACGAGUGGGUACGACGGAAGCGUACUCAACGGCCUGCAGGCUGUGGACAAGUGGCAAGAACAUUUCAACAACCCCCAUGGGUCGCUGCUCGGCAUAGUCACUGCGUCUUUCAACUUCGGUGCUGUCGCUGGUAUCCCCUUGAUACCUUACGUCAACGAUCGUUUCGGACGUAAGUUCUGUAUCGUUCUGGGGUCGAUCUUUAUCAGUAUUGGUGUCAUCCUACAGACACUCGCGAUCAAUGUCGGCAUGCUCAUCGCCAGCCGCUUUAUCAUGGGCAUGGGUCUCCCAUACGCAGUUUCGGGUGCAUCGCAACUAAUCGCUGAGCUGUCGUACCCUCGCGAGCGAGCUAUCGUGAUCGGCUUGUUCAAUGAGAGCUGGUAUGCUGGUGCAAUUCUGGCCGCGGGCGUCACACUUGGAACGUUCGAAUGGACAAAUCACUGGAGCUGGCGCCUCCCAACACUAUUCCAGAUCCUCCCGUCCAGUCUACAGCUCAUCUUCAUCUGGUUCGUUCCAGAAUCUCCGCGAUGGCUAAUGAGUCGAGACCGCCAUGAAGAAGCUCUCGCGAUCCUCAUCAAGUACCAUGCCGAGGGUGACGCCGCCUCGCCCUUCGUUGCUGCCGAGUACCAUCAGAUUCGGGAGACUAUUCGUCUAGAGCAGGAGGCUUCCAGGUCGCCAUGGAAGGAGCUUCUCACGAACUCGGUCAAUCGGCGUCGUGUUCUGAUCGCUGCUUGUGUUGGGUUGUUCGCCCAAUGGGCUGGUAAUGGCCUUGUCUCCUACUACCUAGCCCGCGUUCUCAAAUCAAUCGGCAUCACCGACCGGCGCACCCAAAACCAGCUCAACCUCGGCCUGAUGUGCUGGAACUUGGUCACCGGCGUCAGCGGAUCUUUCGCUCAAGGAUACAUGCCACGCCGCAAGCAGUUCCUCACAGGCUACGGCGGCAUGUGUCUGAUCUUCUCGUGCUGGACGGCCGCCUCGGCCACCUAUGCCAAGGACAACACCAACACCGCUGCUGGGAGAGCGGUCGUGGCGCUGAUCUUCAUCUAUUAUGCGUUCUAUAAUUUGAUGAUGCCACUUGCUUACUGCUACAUAACCGAAGUCUUCCCCUACAUGCACCGCAGCAAAGGCGUCGCCAUCAUGCAGCUCUUCUCCCGCGCCGGCUCCGCCUUCAACCAGUUCGUCAACCCGAUCGGCCUGGACUCCCUGGCGUGGAAGUUCUACCUGGUCUACGUCGUCUGGUUGGCAGUGGAGACGACAGUCAUCUUCUUGUUGUACCCGGAGACAAAGGGCCCGAGUCUGGAGGAGGUGGCGAUGGUGAUGGAUCGCGAUGCUAAGGUUGAGAAGGUUGAGAGGGGCGCUAUGGAGAAGAACUUGGCGAGGGGUGAGGCGGAGGAGGUUGAGAAGGCUUGA